CACCAAUCUAGCCCGACCUGUCGCCGAAAACGGGUAACACUGGCUUUCGAAACGGCUUUUUAGGCUGUAUGUUUUAGAGCUCAUUUUUGAAGUAGCACAACCAUGGGUGUAGAAGUCGAGACAAUAUCUCCUGGUGAUGGAAGAACGUUCCCAAAGAAGGGCCAGACAUGUGUUGUUCAUUACAUAGGUAUGCUGCAGAAUGGGAAGAAGUUCGACUCCUCUCGAGACAGGAACAAGCCCUUUAGGUUCAGGAUUGGACGGAUGGAAGUGAUUAAGGGCUGGGAAGAGGGAGUCGCACAGAUGAGCUUGGGCCAGAGGGCAAAAAUCACCUGCACACCAGAUAUGGCUUAUGGAACGACAGGCCACCCCGGGGUCAUCCCCCCGAAUGCCACACUCAUAUUCGAUGUGGAACUGCUCAAGCUGGAGUGAUGCCUGGAGCUAAAUGCAAAGGUUGCCGCUUAAUGAGGCUGCGUUCGCCACUACCUGUUUCCACAGGGAGGCCGUACUCGACUGCAGCCUCCUGCCAUUCACCCGUUCUUCUUCUUUUAUUUCAACAGUCUCCUUU